AUUAAAGGUGAAUGUUUGUAAGUUCGCGUCUCUCAGUUGGAAAAUCUCAAUGAAAUUUAUUAUCUUUUAUACUAAAUAAUCUUGAAUAAACUUAUAGGAAUUACGUUUGCAUUUAAAGGCAAGCGUUGUAACGUUAUUUUAUUCAUUCGUGAAAGAAAUGUCAAACCGAAUGUUUAGGUGACUUUAAAGUUUUCAAAUUUCUAACAAAAAGAAAAAUAUAACUCGUGUCAAUGCACCUUUAUUUUGUGUUUAAAGAAUUUGUGAUAAAUCAAAAGUGCGGAAAUCGUGUCGAAAAAAAACUAAAUUUUAAAUUCGCAAAAAUUAACGAAACCAAAAUUAAAUUAAUUCAGAAAUUAAAAAUUCAUAAAAUUAAAAUCAAAAAAUAAAAUACAAAAUUAUUUAAUAUUUACGUUACUGAAAAUUAUAAUUUUUUUUUUAAUAAUAAGGAAAAUCGUAUUUAAUUGAAAUAAAGUGCAAGGUCGAGGAAACAAGCAAAAAAAGGCAUAAAUUACGCAAUUUGUUAUUAAAAAUUUUUUUUUUUUUAUUGAUGGAUAACUUUAUUGAAUGACAGAAAUUUUAUGAAGUGAGAAAAGAAAAUGGAAUAUUUCAAAUGUGGUGUAUCUUUGAUUGUAAUAUCAGUUUUUUGUAUAACUGGAAUUUCUUUAGCGUUCAUUUGGAAUAAUGAAGAGAAACCAAAAAAGCCACAUAUUAUUUUUAUAAUGGCUGAUGAUCUUGGUUGGAAUGACUUGAGUUUCCAUGGAGCCGAUCAGAUUCCAACUCCAAAUAUUGAUGCUCUUGCAUAUAAUGGAGUGAUUUUAAAUAGAUAUUAUACUCUGCCGACUUGUACACCAUCGAGAACGGCAUUUCUUUCUGGUCGUUAUCCCAUAAGAGCAGGAAUGCAGGGAUUUCCCUUGAGAGCAGCGGAGCCACGAGGAAUCCCCUUGAACGUGACAUUAUUGCCGAAAUAUUUGAAAAAUUUAGGAUAUGUCACGAGGCUCAUUGGAAAAUGGCACACGGGAUAUUACACCGAAGGUCAUACUCCCGCGAAUCGUGGAUUUGAUUCAUUUUACGGCUAUUAUAAUGGAAUGAUACAGUAUUAUAAUUAUACAUACACUCAGGAUAAAAAAUACGUUGGCUACGAUUUACACGAUGAUUUGCCAAAUUCACUGAAUAUCGCCCCCGAUCAUAAUCAAGAAUAUUUCACUGAUAUUUUGUCGAAAAAAACCGAGGAGAUUAUUAAUAAUCAUAAUCCAGAAAUUCCUCUAUUUUUGGAAAUUGCACAUCUUGCUCCACAUUGCAGCAAUGCUGCCGAUCCUUUAGAAGUUCGCAAUUUAUCUCAACUAAAUUCAACAUUUGGAUACAUUAAAAAUUUUAAUCGAAGAAAAUAUGCAGGGAUGAUGGAAGCUUUGGACGAUUCUGUAGGUCGAACAGUGGCCGCAUUAGAAAAGGCAAAAAUGCUGGAAAAUUCGAUUAUUGUCUUUGUUUCUGACAAUGGAGCACAAAGUGAAGGAUUUUUGGAAAAUUUCGGAUCAAAUUAUCCAUUGAGAGGACUCAAGUUCACAGUUUACGAAGGUGGAGUUAGAGUACCAGCAUGUAUUUAUUCUCCUUUGAUAAAAAUGCAAUCGAGGGUAUCAAAUCUUUUUAUGCACGUUACUGAUUGGCUUCCCACGUUUUAUUCAGCCGCCGGGGGAAAUGUAUUUGAUUUGGGUCAAAUCGAUGGUGUCGAUCAAUGGUCAAAAUUACAAAGAAAUGAACAAGGGACAAGAAAAUUUUUACUCGUCAAUAUUGAUGAGAAGGAGAACACUGAAAGUGCCAUUUUCCAGAAAUUCAAAAUUGUCAAAGGUGCUUCUGAUCAGUAUAGUAAAUAUUAUGGUGAUUCUGGUAACAACGAUUCUUAUCCAGAAUACAAUAUCACUCGUGUUCUCAAUUCAGAGGCGAAUUUAGCAAUUCAUAGUGUUCAAGACGAGGGAAUUUCAUCGAAAAUUGUGACGAAUCUACGAAAUUUGAGUAGAAUUCAAUGCGAGGAAUUUUCUCACUUUCCUAAUUGUUCCAAUUUGUGUUUAUUUAAUAUUUAUAACGAUCCAUGCGAAACUACGGACAUAUCAAGAUCAAAUCCAUUGAUUGUCAAAUACAUGGAAAGAAGACUAGCUGAUUAUAGAAAAGUUUUAAUGAAUCAAACAAAUGCUCCUCUAGAUCCCGCAGGAUUACCGGAGCAUUUCAAUUACACCUGGAUGCCAUGGAGAUCUGUAGAAGAACUUUAGAAAAAAAAGUCGCCAAGUAAAUUUUUUUUUCUAAAUUUCAAUCUUUCGGUAGCAAAAUUAAUUAUUAUUUUCAAAAGUGGAGAAAAUUUUUCAAAAACUUUUUUUAAGGACU